AUUCUGGUUCUUUAAAUUCGCAACUGCACUUGCAAUUAGUGUUGGAGCUUUCUUCAUACCAGAGGGACCAUUUACAACUGUGUGGUUUUAUGUAGGUAUGGCUGGAGCAUUCUGCUUUAUUCUUAUUCAGCUGGUCUUGCUAAUUGACUUUGCCCACUCCUGGAAUGAAUCUUGGGUAGAAAAAAUGGAGGAAGGAAACUCAAGAUGCUGGUAUGCAGCUCUGCUGUCAGCCACGGCUGUCAACUAUCUGCUGUCUCUUGUAGCUAUUGUCUUGUUUUAUGUUUAUUACACUCAUCCAGAAGGUUGCUCUGAGAACAAGACAUUCAUCAGUGUUAAUAUGCUGCUGUGCAUUGGUGCAUCUGUAAUGUCAAUUCUGCCAAGGAUUCAGGAAUCUCAGCCACGGUCUGGUUUGCUGCAGUCUUCUGUGAUCACAGUUUAUACAAUGUAUUUGACUUGGUCAGCUAUGACCAAUGAACCAGACAGGCACUGUAACCCAAGUUUGCUGAGUAUCAUUGGUUACAACAGCACCACCAUUCCAGCCCAAGGUCAGGUCGUUCAGUGGUGGGAUGCACAAGGGAUUGUAGGACUGGUUUUGUUUUUGCUGUGUGUUCUCUAUUCAAGCAUCCGAACAUCCAACAACAGCCAAGUGAACAAGCUGAUGCUGACCAGUGAUGAAUCAACACUGAUAGAGGAUGGAAUGCCCAGGAGUGACGGCUCCCUUGAUGAUGGAGAUGAUGUUCACCGAGCCAUAGAUAAUGAGAGGGAUGGAGUUACUUACAGUUAUUCCUUCUUUCAUUUCAUGCUUUUCCUGGCAUCACUGUACAUUAUGAUGACACUUACCAACUGGUACAGUCCGGAUUCUACUUACGAGACAAUGACCAGCAAGUGGCCAUCUGUCUGGGUGAAGAUAUCUUCCAGCUGGAUUGGCAUCGUGCUCUAUGUGUGGACUCUGGUUGCUCCACUGGUUCUUACAAACCGUGAUUUUGACUAAGCUGUUCUGCUCUCUAGGGAGACUUUGUUAGCUUCACCAUGUCUUGGAAACAAACAGUAUUCCGGAUAAUAGUGCAGUUGUAAAUAUGUGUGUGUGUGCGUGUGCUGUCCACGUAGUAUUAUCCUGCUUUAUUCUGCAUGAUUACCUUGAAUCAUGUCUUUUGUCAUUUCACUAAAUGACUUUUUAUAGCUGAGCUCAGUGACAAUUGCUGUAAUGAUGGUUUCCAUAGGAUUACUCCUAGAUUGAGUGCUUCAGGAGCAUUAGCUGUAAGGUCAAGAACUUAGGGAAAUAUGCUUUCCCCCCCUCAAU